AUGUCAGAUGAAACGCUGGGUGUCAUCAUCGGCUGUGUGACAGGAGGAGUGGUCCUCGUUGUCCUCCUCAUCAUCAGCAUUGUUAUUUGUCGGAGGUUAAAGCAGAAACGCAGGCCAUGGGACUACGACUGGGAAAACUGUGACAAGGCUAAGAUCACCAAAUCGGCACCUAUCUCCAGGAGUUCUUCCCCAAACAUAACAAAAAGGAAGUCUUGUCCAGAUACGGCGGUGUUUAAGGGAGUUAUGGUGCGUUCUAUGACAACAGACGGCAUUCCUGAUUUCUCUCUUCCACCGGAAAGAGUUCAGCCGUAUACAACACCCAAGAGGAGUCAGAGUAUGGCGCCUCUCCAACAUCAGCAGAAUCUGCUUGGGGAUAUAAAACCUGAUCUUUACAGGUCGUACGGCGGAUGUGAAGAGGACGAUUUUCAUCUCCCUCCAAGUGAAAAUGGUCGGCUCUGGUUCAGCGUCAUUUACGAUGCGGCCGUGGAACAGCUGCAUGUGACGCUUGUCAAGGUGAAAGAACUUAUAGGACGCGGUAGAGAAAACAGAGCCCGAGACCCUUUCGUUAAAAUUUUUCUUCUACCUGACGAAAGAAACUGCAGAAUUUCCAAAGUUCGAAAGAAAACACUCACUCCUGUCUUUAAUGAAAACUUCGUUUUUGAGGUUAGCACCGAAGAUAUCGGCGAGAGCAUUCUGAGGUUCUCGGUGUACGACGUGGACAAGCGUCGCGUGCGACACUCACUCGGGCACGUGCUUCUGGCCUUGAGGGACACUGACCUCACCAAAGGCGACACUGUAUGGAAGGAUCUGGAGCAGAGCCAUCAGUUGUCGGACACUCCAGGAGAAUUGUGCUUCAGUCUAAACUACCUUCCCAACUUAGACAAAAUCAAGGUGCUUAUUCUCAAUGCAAGGAAAUUACGUCAGCUGUCGUUCGACAAGGAUUCGGGAACGUACGUGCGAAUACACAUGAUGCAUGGGAGAAAGCUACACAAGGUUAAGAGGACUGCGACCUACCGCGCAACCACUGAUCCCACCUUCAAUGAGUCCUUCUCUUUUUCACUGGUCGGCAAGGUCCUCGACUCUUGCAGCUUCGAGAUCAGCGUCAUGACGUCAUCUAAAUCGCCAAGAAGUCAUGAUAAUGUGUACGGCAGAAUUGUGAUUGGUUCUUUUAUGUUUUCUCGUGGAGAUGAACUAUUACAUUGGCAGGAAAUGAUGUCCCAGCCACGCACGCCCAUUCAGAGGUGGCACACCCUCGCCGGUAUCAACAAUGGACACUAA